CUGUAUUUAUUAGCAUAUAUCAGGGCAAAUUAGGUAUUCAGCCAAAAAAAAAAUCAUUGCCGUGUUAAUUUUCUUCCUUCGGCCUUCGAGUGAGUCAAAAGCAGCAACGAUGUAUCAUCCGACCAGAGGUGGCGUCCGCGGCGGCCGAGAUCAAUUUAGCUGGGAUGAUGUUAAGGUUGAUAAACAUCGGGAGAAUUAUCUUGGUCACAGUAUUAAGGCCGCUGUUGGAAGAUGGCAAAAAGGGAAAGAUCUGCACUGGUACACCAGGGACAAAAAUUCUGAGAGUUCAAGUAAAGAUGCUUUAAAAGAAGAGAUAAAAAGAAUUAAGGAAGAGGAGGAGCAGUCCAUGAGGGAGGCACUUGGUUUAGCUCCAAAGCGUGCUAGCCGGCCUCAAGGAAAUCGACUUGAUAAACAUGAGUUUUCUGAACUUGUGAAGCGAAGCUCUACAGCAGAGGAUUUGGGAGCGGGGCAUGCUGAAGCUGCACGUGUCCAUGGUCUUGGUUUCUCAAGAGCACCCCGUCCUUGGGAAGACCCAAGUACACUUCCUUCUAAACACAAGGAAGUUUCACCUGAGCCGGUGAAGGAGGCUGUGCCUGAUUCAUUACCAAGCAACUCUCGAGAAGAUGAAUCAGAUGGUGAAAGCAGCCGAAAGAAGAGGAGGCAUGAGGAGAAGAAACUUGAGAAGGAGAAGAAAAAUGAGAAACGUGAAAGGCGUGAGAAACGGCGUUCACAUGAUUCGGAUGACAGAAAAAAACACAAGAAAGACAAGAAGAGGAGGCAUGACUCUGAGUCUGACUGAAUAAACAUUUGAAUGUUGUAGCUCCUUCUAUUUUAUAAUACAUUACAAAUUAACUUUUGUUUUAUACUACACUUCUCCUUGAGCCGCAAUGCUGCUUGAGAGUUGAGAUUAUUUAAUGGUUUGGCCUGUAAUGAAGUUCGUCAUGCAAAAGCCUACUGGGAGCAGGAAAAAAAUUUAUGGUCACAAAACUCGGAAUGUGAAAGGCUUCAUUUGGGGAUCCUUCAAA